AUGAAGUUCCUCAAGGUCGGCCGAGUCGCCAUCAUCACCCGCGGCCGAUAUGCCGGCAAGAAGGUCGUCAUCAUCCAGCCCGUCGACAACGGCAACAAGCCUCACCCCUUCGGCCACGCCGUCGUCGCCGGCAUCGAGCGCUACCCCUCCAAGAUCACGCGCCGCAUGUCCAAGACCCGCCAGGAGAAGCGAUCCAAGAUCAAGCCCUUCAUCAAGGUCAUCAACUACAACCACCUGAUGCCCACGCGAUACACCCUCGAGCUGGAGGGUCUCAAGGGCGCCAUCUCCGGCGAGACCUUCAAGGAGGUUUCCCAGCGCGAGGAUGCAAAGAAGACGGUCAAGACUGUGUUGGAGGAUCGCUACAAAAGCGGCAAGAACCGCUGGUUCUUUACCCCUCUGCGAUUUUAA